CGGUGGGUGAAGGGAAGUGGUGGAGCCCGAAGGAAGCGUCGGAGCGCGGGGGAGGCGGCGGCGGCUCCGUCGGCCUCCGGCAAAACUGAGCGCGGGCAGGCCGGAGCGGCAGACCGGCGCGCACGGCGGAAGCUGGAGCUUAUUUAAUGAGAAAGUGCCAUAGACUGAAAAAGCAAACAUGAGGGUGGCAGGUGCGGCGAAGUUGGUAGUAGCUGUGGCAGUAUUUUUACUGACAUUUUAUGUUAUAUCUCAAGUAUUUGAAAUAAAAAUGGAUGCAAGUUUAGGAAAUCUAUUUGCAAGGUCAGCAUUGGACACAGCUGCCCGCUCUACUAAGCCUCCAAGAUACAAAUGUGGCAUCUCAAAAGCUUGCCCUGAGAAGCAUUUUGCUUUUAAAAUGGCAAGUGGAGCAGCCAACGUGGUGGGCCCAAAAAUUUGCCUGGAAGACAAUGUUUUAAUGAGUGGUGUUAAGAAUAAUGUUGGAAGAGGGAUCAAUGUUGCCUUGGCAAAUGGAAAAACCGGAGAAGUAUUAGACACUAAAUAUUUUGACAUGUGGGGAGGAGACGUGGCACCAUUUAUUGAGUUUCUGAAGUCCAUACAAGAUGGAACAAUAGUCUUAAUGGGAACGUAUGAUGAUGGAGCAACCAAACUCAAUGAUGAGGCGCGGCGGCUCAUUGCUGAAUUGGGGAGUACAUCUAUUACUAGUCUUGGCUUCAGAGAUAACUGGGUCUUCUGUGGCGGGAAAGGCAUUAAGACAAAAAGCCCUUUUGAACAGCACAUAAAGAACAAUAAGGACACAAACAAAUACGAAGGAUGGCCGGAAGUCGUAGAAAUGGAAGGUUGCAUCCCCCAGAAGCAAGACUAAAGGAAACGUGAGGACAGUUGAAAGAUGUGCACUUUCUCGACUAAUGGGAAAACUGUUACAAAGAAACUACGUGUACAUAUUUUAAGAGCAUGCAGCCAUCUCGUUGUGUGCAUGAGCAUUAUCUCUUUUGAUAUCUGAAUUAUUUAUUGCUAACGUAAAUAGAGAUCUUUGUAAAUAGUCACGAUAAUGAGCAAAUCACUGAAUCAUUUCUAAGCAUUAUUUCCUAAUAGACAAUGUUUAGAUGGCGUGGUGAUACAUCUUUCAAUUCUAAAAGCAUACCCAGUGGAUAACUGAACAGAUGGUGAAAGAUAUAUUGAUCUAUAUACUGGUUGCUAUGAAAAUCUAUCAUGGAAUAACACGGAUUUUAGGGAGGAAAUGUAUUUUCUUUUAUAUAUGUGUAUAUAUAUAAUCUUUUAAAUUAAAAAGAUAUUUGGCUAGUCAUGUGUGUGAUGUUGCUUUACAGUCUGACUCCCCAUGAACCUCUUUUCUUGGUCUUUCUGCUACUCCUCAUCUUUAGAAACCUAGAAAUGUUUGAUGUGAACACUUAAAGCACAAGAAAAUUCUUUUUUUAUGUACACAGUAAAAUGUGAAUGUAUAAAUGUAGAUGGCUUUCAAAACUACGGCUUGCUGGAUUUUGUGUUAACGUGAACAGCUUUGUGCUAGCCACUUAGAGGGAGGCUAGUGGUGGCGACUCCACAGAACUGGCAAACCAGGCCAAGUCCCUGCCCAACCUUACCAGGUCGUUCCGGACGGCUAAGUUAGCCUAGUCAGGGCAGUGCUGGCAUGCGUUUCCCUGUUUGCUACAGCGUUGACAGAGUGAUUUGGAAACAGGUCAUGCUUGAAUAUCACGAUAAUUUUGAUUUGUAAACCAAGAAAUUAAUUCUGUAUUUACUUCAUCUAACUUCAUAAUAGCAAUUUUUUACUGAAGCUGUACUGGCAUAUUUAGAAAGGUCCUUGUUACUGACAGGACAGAUAAUAACAUUAAAAAAAUAAUUUUAUUUGACCCAAAAUGACUUUAUACCCAAUUAUACAUAAAAAUUUAGACAAGAGAGCCAACUUUUUUGUUAAAUUCAGAUGUCACUAAAUGAUUAAAGUUGUUUUUUUUUUAAAUUAUUUUUUAGGGCAUUAAGUAUUGUGUAUGAAGUAUCCUAAACUGUAACAUAAACAAAUUUAAUAAUCAAACUGCCACUCACAAAAUACGGCAGCGCUUAAAUUGUAAAUCUAAAUUUUAGAUGACUUGUGUACAAAAACUAAAAGCAGUAUUUGUUAUUUUGCUGUGAGCCAAGUUUCAAACUAUUCAGAUAUUUCGUAAGUAUUAAUGAACUUUGAGGUACUGUUUUCCCUCAAACUGAAUGUAAUUCAUGAAUAAAUGCACCUUACACAUUUAAACAAUUUUUGUAAACUUUUCAGAUUUUUGGUGCUUGUAUGCGAAAUCACAUUCAGCAUGUAUAUUUUGACAUUUGAAGUACUCCCCUCAGUUCUGUAAAUUAAAGGAGCAGUUAUUUUAUAACUCCAGGGAUUAUGAAAUGUUUCUUUUUUUUUUUUUUUAAGUAAUGAAAAUAAA